AGCAGAGGGGAGGGAGGGAGAGAGAGAGAGCGAGAGAGGUAGCACACCACACACAACGAGGGAACCCCAUCAGCUGGAAGUCGAGUAACAUUACAACUCUCAGCAGCUUCAAACUACUACAUUACACAGACGAGGGUCCACAUCUGCUCUGAGGAUUUAACCCGCGUUGGAUCACGGGAUUUUUUUCGCCCCGUAUCCCCAACAUUUGUCUCUUAUAGUACAGAGACUGUUUGCUGUUUUUUUUUUGUGAGGAGAGGGGGGGACCAAACUGGCGAGAGGCGAGCAUGGAGUAUUUCAUGGUACCAGCUCAGAAGGUGCCCUCCCUGCAACAUUUCAGGAAAACGGAGAAAGAAGUGAUCGGGGGUCUCUGCAGUCUUGCCAACAUUCCUCUGACCCCAGAAACAGCCCGGGACCAAGAGAGGCGAAUCCGCAGAGAGAUCGCCAACAGCAACGAGCGUCGGCGUAUGCAGAGCAUCAACGCUGGAUUCCAGUCACUUAAAACACUCAUCCCACACAGUGAUGGAGAGAAGCUCAGCAAGGCUGCCAUCCUGCAACAGACAGCAGACUACAUUUUCACUUUGGAGCAGGAGAAGACGCGGCUAUUGCAGCAGAACAGUCAGCUCAAGCGAAUCAUACAAGAGUUAAGUGGUUCUUCCCCGAAGAGGAGGCGUGCAGAGGAGAAGGAUGAAGGCAUCGGCUCGCCAGACAUCCUGGAGGAGGAGAAGACCGAGGACUUGAGGAGGGAGAUGAUCGAGCUGCGGCAGCAGCUGGAGAAAGAGCGGUCAGUGCGGAUGUUGCUGGAAGAUCAGAUGCGUUCCCUGGAUGCACAGAUCUACCCAGAGAAACUUAAGGCAAUCGCCCAGCAGGUCCAGGAGCAGCAGGCCCAAACACAGAGCCUCGUUCAUCAGCACAAGCAGCUGGAGAGGGACUUCACUCCAGCCCACAGCCCACAGGUGUUGGCCCCUGCGACCCCUCCUGCACCUACACACCAUGCCACGGUCAUCGUCCCGGCACCGGUCCAAACUCCCCAACCCCAUCAUGUCACCGUGGUAACCAUGGGCCCCGCAUCAGUCAUCAACACAGUGUCCACAUCUCGACAGAACCUGGACACCAUUGUUCAAGUAAGACCAAAAUGGAAGGAGGCAAUCCAGCACAUUGAGGGCACCCAGGGGAAGGGUUGUGUCGGCGAGGAAGAGCAGCGAAGGGCAGUCAUCGUCACUUCAGGUCGCGUACUCUCAGACGCGGCGGGCUCAGACACGGCGUCGAACAGUGACGGGCCGGACGACUGCUCGCUGCCCUGAGCUCAUCCCUGAUUUCACGCACGACGUAAACGCAUACACAGAAAACGCCCAAGAAGACCAGGGCCAUGGGCGGCUUCAACCCCACAGCACUCUUGUUCAGUGGACAUUAAUAGGGCUGGUAGACAGAUUGAAGCACUCGUCUUUUUUUUCCUUCUUUUACUACGCACUCUUAACAUGUUGUACCGUGAUAGGCAGCCCAAAUAGGUUUACACUUAGACACUCAUACAUGCAGCCUCUCCUGCAUCUUCUCUCUGCUAAUCUCUAGGCCUCCGCUAUCUCACUCAUAUCAGUUCAUUAACGUGUAGAAAGGUUACGAUAGCAACUAUUUCACUGACUGAUCCAUAAAUGCUCUGUCACACGGGAUAUUAUUUCAAAUAUCCGAUUCAAAGAGACACUUUGUUGAGCUUACAAGACAAGACUGUCUCAACGUCACAUCUUUACAGCUUUUAGAUGAAACAUUAGGUUUAUUCACUCUUGUGAAGUCUACUCUUUUCAUGUUUUGUUUCUCUGAGGCUCCCACAACCAGCAAGUUAAAGCGAUUGUACUGGAAAAACACAAAAAAAGGCACCACGUUGGCAGCAAUUUAAAAGCUGUCGUCAUGGGUGAUUUGGUGCUCACAGGAAUUGAAAUAAGCUCGGGAGGAGAGAGUGCACUUAUGGUUCACAACUCUAUUCGUUCUUUUGUUUGUUUGUUACCUUUUUUUACUGGGCUGGGUUCCUAGUAAUCCCACAUGUGUAUUUGGCAUGUUUUUCUUUUUACUCAUGGCCUGAUUUAAAAAAAGAAAAAAGUGCUUUGACAUUUCUUGACACCUUCCCAUGUUGAAUAGAAGAGCACCUGGCUUGUUAAAUAAGCUAAUCCGUGGACACUCUGUAGUGAUUUCCACUGGUGUGAGUGUGUAUGUGUCCCUUUUUAGCGUCUUUGAAUCAGCAGAGGCGUCGGUGGUUCCCCAGACUCUGGCAGUCUGCAACAGUGCCACUCAUUUCUGCCUUGAAAUUAAGCCACACAUGUAUGUGUGCACAACACUGAGACAUACGACUGACAUACAAUCACGUGUUUGCUAAAGAUUAAGGGCUGCUUUCCUUCAACCCCUAACAGUGUAGCGUCUUGUCCAGAUGUUCCAUCAAAGCAGAGUAUGCUACAAACACGAGGAAAAUGCCCAGUGCAACAGUUUGAAUGAUGCUGUGGAGUUGACUGGGUAGACCACACAUGCUCUAUGCAUUUCCUUUAAUAGAUAAUUUGUUCUUUUGCUUGGUCUAGUGUACCGCACUAUUCACAUGCUUCAGCUUAGUUCUUAUUUUUAAACGUGUUGUUUUGCCUGGAACAGAAAGAUGGACAUUGAGACGUAGCUGAGAGGCAACAGCUUGCCUUACUAACAGCAGGUGCACAGUGCAGAGAGGCACUGUGUGAAUCCAGCCUUAACACAACCCUGGGGUCGGAACACUUGAUCUGCGUCAUUCGGUGGCCGCUGGAAUCCCUCUGGUUUUCACUUCGCCUUUUCAAACAGGCAUGUUUAACUCCCAGGGUGUGUUAGCUUAUAUAUUCCAAGUAAUUUUGUCUAUUUCGCUUAUGUUUGUUUUAUUAUUUCUGCAGGUUGCUGGUUUACUAAUUACAGUGUUCCUCAUAAUUCUUCCAUUUAGUAUUCAAACCUAAUGUGAAUACUGACUGCUGGUAGUAUUCGUGUGUAGAUUCAAGCUGUUUUGGCCCCUUUGUGUGCACUAUUAUUGUCAGAUGUGUGGAAAAAAGAAUUCCACAAAGAAAUGUUCACAUUCCAUAAAGCUAAACUGUUCUUCCCGACAUGUUAAUAACAAUUGUUAAACCAGAUAUAUGUAGAAAUUAGUCACAUUUAGGGCUUUUGACACAUCAAUGCUAUUUAGUGACAAACUCACUAUUGAAUCUCCUGCGUCAGUGCAAAGAGGAAGCUUUGAAUUGCUUGACAGAUGCUUUCAAGCGAUCACACCUCUCUCUGUCGUGACUUAUGUCAUGAAGUUUGCCCUUUAAGGAAAUGUUGAUGUCAGCUCCUCUGAAAUGAGAGAGGCGUCUGUCAGAUUGAAUCAUGGGAUAUUUCCCAGUACUUAUUGUAUCCAGGGGAUUCCUGGAUGUUGAAAAUAUAGUUUGCAUGCUCUGCUUUUUGUAGAGCCCUUUUUCUUUUUUUACAGUUAUCUGCAUUCGACCGUCUUCUGCUGAAUCACAGAAUAGUUUUAUCUCCAUCUGUGUUUUGCACUCUUUUCUGUGUCUUAGGAAAUGUUACGUGGACAUAUCAGAUUGUCAGAUGAGUGUUGUGGGCCGUGGGAUCAUUAAAUGGCGUCAUGAUUACAAAGCACUUACUGUACUAUACUGGAGUCCGCCUCUUUAUGUUGUAAAAAGAGGCAUCUCCUCAGCUGAAGCUCUUGAGAUAAUGAAUAAAAAACCGCACAGCUGUGUAUCCCCCCCCCUUCCCCUUCAUGUCCGGUCCUGCAACAUCUCGUCCUGUUUGCCGCUCAACUCUUUAUAUUUGUUCUUUUGCGAUCUGUUAUGCCAUCUUUGUUUUUCUGUUGUCGAUAUCUCUUGUCCUCGUUCACAUUUUGCAGCUCCCUCCUCUCCCUCUCCGUCUGUUCUCUAUACCUUUUUUUUUGUUAGACCUGUUAAUGCAUAUGGUCAUCAAGAAGCUUUUGUUGUUUUUUUUUUUAAGAGAAAUGUUUUGGGGAUAAAGAGGCUUGUGCCUUUGUAAAGACAGAAUAAUAAAGUUUGUACUUUG